AUGAUGGAGACCUUGGAGGAAACUGAACUCUGCUUUCCACAACUCCUCAACAGCUCCUGCAGGAAGCCAAUACGUCCUCACUUUGAGACCAUGCUGAUUUACAUUCUGCUGUCCUUCAUCGCUCUGCUCACUGCAGCUCUUAACCUGCUGGUCAUCAUCUCUAUUUCCCACUUCAAGCAGCUCCACACCCCCACCAACCUCCUCCUCCUCUCCCUGGCAGUCUCAGAUUUCUUCGUUGGCCUCCUCAUGUUCUUUCAGAUUAUGCUCAUAGAUGGCUGCUGGUUCCUUGGUGACCUCAUGUGUACUCUGUAUCAGUAUCUUGCAUAUGUUAUUGCCGCAGCUUCAGCAGGAUCCAUGGUGCUCAUAUCUAUUGACCGCUACGUGGCUAUUUGUCAUCCUCUACAUUACUCCACUGAAAUCACACAAAAAAGAGUUCAGGUGUGUGUUUGUCUGUGUUGGAUAUGCUCUGUAAUUUUUCAAAGUCUGAUCCUGAAGGAUAUAUUGAAACAACCAGGCAGGUAUCACUCCUGCAUUGGGGAGUGUAUAUUUUUCAUUAACUACAUUGCAGGACUUGCAGAUCUCACUUUUUCCUUCAUUGUUCCCAUUACUGUUAUUGUUGUUCUGUAUAUGAGAAUAUUUGUGGUGGCUGUGUCUCAGGCUCGUGCCAUGCGGUCUCGUAUUGCAGCUGUCACACAAUCAGGGAAAAUAACUGCAAAGAAAUCUGAAUUGAAAGCAGCCAGGACUCUUGGUGUUGUUGUAGUUUUGUUUCUAAUAUGUCUCUGUCCAUAUUAUUGUGUUGCCCUUACAGGCCAAGAUAACUUGCUCAGUGCUUCAUCUGCUGCAUUUGUAUUAUGUUUAUAUUAUUUUAACUCCUGUCUAAAUCCUGUGGUUUAUGCCUUUUGUUAUCCCUGGUUAAGAAAAUCAAUUAAGCUCAUAGUUACAUUUAAGAUACUGCAGGCUGACUCCAGUAAGGUGAACAUACUGUAG